CAUUGGGCAGUUCAUCUUGCACCGCCUACCUACUUUCAAGAUGGCAGCCGCGGGUCGUCUGAGAGAUCCACUGCUAGUUUUGGGGUGGUUGUGGCAACCCUUGAGAUGGCCACAAAAUUCGGCCGGGGGUCUGGCCUUAACAGCGAGGACUUAUUCCAGGGGCGACGGCUCAUACUCGCGCACGGCGCUCUAUGACCUGCUCGGCGUCCACUCCACAGCCACCCAGGCACAAAUAAAGGCGGCUUACUAUCGGCAGUGUUUCCUUUACCACCCGGACCGCAACUCGGGGAGCGCCGAGGCUGCCGAACGCUUCACGCGCAUCUCCCAGGCGUACAUGGUGCUGGGCAGUACCACCCUCCGCCGCAAAUACGACCGCGGACUUCUUAGCGAGGAGGACCUGCGGGGCCCUGGCAUCCGACCGGCUACAGCGCCCGCAGGCACUCCUGAUCCGCCGUGCUCCCGGCCGGUCUCCUCUCGGAUGCGAGGCGCGGAUCGGACAGCCCCGGGCCCCGGCCGCACUUUGUUUGACUUCGACACUUUCUAUCAGGCGCACUACGGGAUGCAGCUGCAGCGUGAGCGGCGCCUACGGGCCCAGCGGGAGGCUCUGCGCAAGCUGCAGGAGGAACGGGCCAAGAAGGGCCUUCGCUGGGACGAGACUCGCGACACCACUGUCAUCUUGGUGCUCUUCCUCAUCUUCAUCACCAUUGGCUUUCGUAUUUAGCCAGAGAGAGAAGGACCAGGGAGCCUCUCCAGUAGGCCCCAAGAAUAUGGCCACUGCUGUACUAUUGGUCUUCAAAGCCUACCUGUGCUGCGGUGCGGUGGGACACUGUCCUCCUGCCCGCCCUGCCGAUGACUUGCACACACAUACACACACACAUACACACACACACCCCUCCCUGGUCCACAGAAGGAGGUCCGUGAUGCCCAGCACAGAGGCCUCAGGAUGAAGUCCCAGAAGCCCGAAAGGUGUUCAGGAGUCCCUUGGGUGCCUGCUUUUUGAGGUUGUCUUCCUGGUGUUGGCAGCUUCCUGAUCGCUUGUUCCGGGUUCAUUGGAAAGCUCUGAGCAAGAUUUGGCGCUCCUGCCCCACAUUUGUUCUAGGGUUCCUCUGUAACCUUGAGAUGUGCAAUAUGGCCAGUGAUGGCUGCCAAAAGAAAAAUUCUGAGGUUGCCUGAAA